AUGGAUGAAGAGGAAGAGGCCGAAUUACGACAAAUAUUGCGCUCGAGAAAUCAAUCGAAUUCUUCCAACUGGCAAGAGCCUGUUUCCGUUUGGCGAAAUGAUCAGACAGGAGAAAUUGAAUGGAUCGGUGCGGAAGACAUUCCAGCUGAGACUGACGCAUCAAGUGAUACCAAUCCAUGGUUUGUGGACGAGCCGGAACCUGAGCCUUCCGUAGCACCCGAGUUAUCUACAGCCUCCAUCUCCAGGCCAGCUCCACCAGCGCCCGAAAACCUCCCCUCUGAAUUCCUUCCCCUUUAUCGAUAUCUUAUAGACUCCCCAUUCGUGGAACGUUCUUCAAUCUCUUUCAUUGACGCCAAGGCUGAGCCAUAUGGACAGGGCGAGUCGGCUUGGACAGACUGGGUGGUCGUUGUACAGAUGAAGGAAGGUAGAGAGGGUGGAAUUCGGGGUGCAACAGAGGCUAUUCGAGAGAUUUUAUCGGCCGCUUCCUCGGCAAAAGUUAGAACCGAGGGGAUCUCGAGUAAUCCCUCAACCUCAUGGAGUAUGGUAGAUGGGGGGAAAAUUGUAGUACAUAUUCUUACAAGGGAGUCCCGUGACAUUUAUCAAAUCGAGGACAUCUGGACUGGUCGACCUUCAAAUUCAACAAGCAAUUGA